AUGGGUUCCGUGACAAUAACCGAGCCUCUAUUGGACGCGCUGAUUGUUGGCGCGGGCUUUGGAGGUGUCUAUCAACUCAAGCAACUUCGGGAUCAUGGCUACAAAGUCAAACUCGUCGACUCUGCCUCGGACUUUGGCGGCGUUUGGUACUGGAAUCGUUACCCCGGUGCGCGAGUCGACAGUACAGUCCCGCAUUACGAAUUCUCUGAUGCAAAUCUAUGGAAAAACUGGUCAUGGAAGCAACGCUUCCCGGGUAGUCAGGAGAUUCGGGACUACUUCGCCUAUGUGGCUGAUGAGUGGGAUUUACGGAAAGACGCCGAGUUUAACACCUUCAUCUCGCGAGCUAUUUUCGAUGAGCAGAAUAACAUCUGGCAUGUCUCGAGCUCGGAUGGGAAGGAAUUCUCCGCUCGAUACCUUCUCCUCAAUACUGGUUUCUCUGCCAAAAGACAUAUUCCUGACUGGAAAGGAAUCGACAAAUUCAAAGGAGAAUGGAUUCAUCCGUCAUACUGGCCCAAGGAAGAGCCAGAUCUUCGUGGCAAAAAGAUUGCCGUGAUCGGGACUGGCUCGACGGGAGUGCAGCUCGCCCAGGAGCUGAGCCAAGUGGCGAGCGAAUUUGUACUCUUCCAAAGAACUCCAAACACUGCCUUGCCGAUGAAGCAGAUCAACUUCAAGGAACGAGAGCACAUUCCUCCCAAAAGCACUUAUUCCGAGUUAUUCCAAGGCCGACGGACCAGCUUCGGUGGAUUCAAUUUCAACUUCACCCCUCGUUGCACCUUUGAUGAUUCUCCAGAGAAGCGAAAGGAGAUAUACGAAGAGUUGUGGAAACAUGGAGAUUUCCACUUCUGGCUUGGUACCUAUCAAGACAUGCUCUUCAGCAAAGAGGCCAACAAAGAGGCCUACGAUUUCUGGAAAGAGAAAGUCAGAGCACGCAUUCAAGAUCCACGCCUUCAGGAGAUCCUGGCACCAGAGAUUCAGCCUCACGCCUUCGGCUGCAAACGUAUUUCCCUUGAGAACGGCUUCUAUGAGAUCUUCAGUCAGCCGAACGUUUCGCUUGUGGACGUCAAAUCUACACCGAUUGUUCAAGUUGUCGAGCAAGGCAUCCAAACUACUGAGAAAGUGUGGGAAUUCGAUUAUGUCGUCUGCGCUACUGGUUUCGAUGCCGUGACAGGUGGUCUGCUACAGAUGGGUAUUCAAGGCAAGAACGGCCAGCUUCUAACAGACAAAUGGAAGGACGGGACGAAGACGUAUCUCGGUAUGGCCGUCUCAGGCUUUCCUAACAUGUUCUUCACAUACGGACCCCAAGCACCCACAGCGCUGUGCAAUGGUCCAACCUGUGCCGAGUACCAGGGAGACUUUGUUAUCGCGAUGAUGAACCACAUGAGAAGAACGGGCUCCCGAUACAUCGAGGCUAGACCUGAGGCUGAAAAGUCAUGGGGCGCGGAGGUUCAUAAAUUCGCUUAUUCUUCCUUGGUGCCAGAGACAGACUCGUGGUACAUGGGAACAAACAUUCCCGGCAAGAAACGCGAGCCUCUCAUCUAUUUUGGUGGUGUCCCGAACUACUAUGCGAGUCUUGACGCUUGCGAAAAUGGUGGAUUUUCCGAGUUUGAACAGUUCUAG